AUGAUUAAGCAUAAAUUGUUGAUGGUGAUUGGGCACUUGCGGCCUAUCGCCGAUGCUCGCAAGCGUGGUGUCUCGUCCACCAGCAACGACGCGACUCCCAAUCCAACCUCAGUCAACCCCCAACGGCCUCCCAUGCGUGCAGCCACCCCAUCUCAGCAAGCCCUUCGGGGUAAAAUCAUCGUUCUAAACGGCUUCCCAGGCACUGGAAAACUCCCAAUUCUCAAAAAGGUCAAGGAGCUACUGCCCACCGAGACGGCAUGCCUUCUAGACAACCACCUGCUUAUCGAUCCCGUGGCCGCAGUCAUCCCCGGCCGAAGCCAAGAGCACCAUGAACUGCGUCGCAAGAUUCGGGCGCCAAUCUUUGAAAAGCUUCAGGAGCGUGCACAAAAAGGCCAUACCAUCCUCAUGACGGCUUGCCUGGUUGAGGAUGACGAAAGAGACGCCAGCGUCCUCCAAGAGCACCUCGACAUGGCACACGAAGCUGACGUGCCCAUCUUCUGGAUAAACGUGCACUGCAGUCAGGAGAUAUUGCAACAGCGUGUCGCGAGCAUUGAGCGAUGCUCGGGGACCAAAACGAAGCUAACGGACCCGACCCUUGCCUGCGACCUGGUGGAUAAGCACCGUCUUAUUAAGCCACACAAGACCGACAACAGCAUGGAAGGAUUAUUGUUUGCAACAUUGGACGUCAGUGGAUCCGUGGAGCUCUCCGUCAGUGGCCUAAUGAGAAUCAUCAAGCUUCCAUAG